UGGGCACAUUUCAGUGGCCAGGCGGGCCGUCUGGACGGUGCAGUGCUGUCGUCCUCCCGCAGCUGGCCCACGACUAAGAACACCACGCUGAUUGGCCACUCAUGGACCACGGUGUUCGGCUGGCUGCCCUGCUGCCUGCCACUCACAUAAAGACAAAGUCAGCCGGGUGAUUUGAGAGAGGAUUAAGUGUAUUUUCACCGGGGCCGACCAGUCUUCAGAAAAAAUGAGUUGGCAUAGGAGAAGACGCAAAGUUGUGCCACCUCAAGAGUGGUCAGAAGCGUGAGCUGCAAACAUUGAUUUUGGCUGUGAUCCUGCUCCAACUCGGCAGUCUUGAUUUUGGCUUCCUAGAAGCAUCCUGUAUAAAAUUUAAUCCAGAAAAAUGAGCUUUUUCGGGUUUGGUCAGAGUGCCGAGAUCGACAUCGUACUCGAUGGCGCCGACACCCGGAAAAUGGCCGACGUCAAGUCGGAGGACGGCAAGAAGGACCGCUACUACCUGUUCUACGACGGCGAGACCGUCGCCGGGAAGGUCAACAUCACACUAAAAAAGGCCGGCUCGAAGCUCGAACACCACGGCAUCAAGAUUGAGUUUAUCGGUCAGAUCGAGAUGUACUACGACCGGGGCAACCACCACGAGUUCCUCUCACUGGUGAAGGAGCUGGCACGGCCUGGCGAGCUGCAGCAAAACGCCAGCUACCCGUUCGAUUUUAACCAGGUGGAAAAGCCAUACGAGAGCUACACGGGCUCCAACGUGCGGCUCAGGUACUUUUUGCGCGUGACGAUCGUCCGACGACUCUCUGACCUGGUGCGGGAGAUGGACAUCGCGGUACACACGCUCUCACAGUACCCGGACAUGAACACCAGCAUCAAAAUGGAGGUCGGCAUCGAGGACUGCCUGCACAUCGAGUUCGAGUACAACAAGUCCAAAUAUCACUUAAAAGACGUUAUUGUUGGGAAAAUAUAUUUCCUGCUGGUACGGAUAAAGAUAAAACACAUGGAGGUGGCCAUCAUCAAACGAGAAACCACCGGAUCGGGUCCAAACACAUUCAACGAGAACGAGACGAUCGCCAAGUACGAGAUCAUGGACGGCGCGCCGGUGCGGGGCGAGAGCAUCCCGAUCCGCGUCUUCCUGGCCGGCUACGACCUCACGCCUACCAUGCGUGACAUCAACAAGAAGUUCUCGGUGCGCUACUACCUGAACUUGGUGCUGGUAGAUGAGGAGGACAGGAGGUACUUCAAACAGCAGGAGAUAACCCUCUGGCGGAAGGGCGAGCGGGCGCGGCGCGUGCAGACCGACCAGCCGGCCACGGACGAGCCGCACACACCGCUCACCAUCAACACGAUCCAGAAACAGCUGGCCGAGGGCAACAUCCAGACGCGGCCCAACACACUGCCCACGAGCCCUCAGACUCCCUCGGAGGCGGGCGAGGGCGGCGGCGGCGGCGCGGCGCCCGUGCCGCCCGGCGGCGCCGACACCGACCUCACCUCGCCCACUGACUCCACCGACGGCGGCGCCAGGAGCGAGGGGAACGACUAGACGGCCGCCGCCGCCACUCGGUGGCGCACAUUCCCCUCGCCCUGGCUGUGGUCAGCGGCGGCGCGCGCGGCAGACGGACUGGAGGCCCGCCGCCCGCCGGCCGACGGCCCGCCAGGGUUUUGUAUCGUGCUAGCUCAGAGCGUGCCCUGGCAGGUAGUGAGCUCCCGACUGGAACCGUUCUCACGGCGCCGAGGGAGGCCGGACCGCCGCGCGGCCAGACAGCGCCCUCAGAGCGUUAUUGUUUGUUUUGUUUGGUAGUGCGCAUUUACCUGCGAAAUUGUAACAUCGGCCUGGGCGGUGCGUUGAUUUGGCGGAAUACCACUUUAUUUGUUUAUCGUGAAGAGCUAUUUUGAGGUAUAGAGGAUGGUGUGCAUGCCGUACUGAGUGCUGAGGACAUGUAUGACGCUCGUGACUGCCGGUGCGGGGCGCCGCUGCUGCCCUGCUGCGGACUGUGCCGGCCGCGGCUGCCCCGCUGUGGACUGCCUCUGCGGAGACCGGGUCGGACCGGGUCAGACCGCCGUCGGCAGUGGUGCCGUCUGGCGGUCUGAGGUCUCCCAGUCCCGGCCGGUCGGGAUACCCUGCUCGGGCCGGCCCGAUGGGUGUAUUCAGCCGGCCCGGCCCGGCGGGUGUAUUCAGCCCGGUCCGGCGGAUGUAUUCAGCGCGGCCCGGUGGGUGUAUUCAGCUGGCCCGGCGGGUGUAUUCAGCCGGCCUGGCCCGGUGGGUGUAUUCAGCCGGCCUGGCCCGGUGGGUGUAUUCAGCCGGUCCGGUCCGGUGGGUGUAUUCAGCCGGCCCGGUCCGGCCCACGGUAACCCCACGUGCCGCCUCGCGGGACUCAGUCGGCCUGUUGGCGUACGAGUGCGUGACGUAAUGAACUAUUCAAUAAACUGCAGUAUCCACG